GCCGGAUUCAGUUCAACCUCUGGGUCAACAUCACGCAACUGCGGGGCUCUCGUGGAAGCCUUUUUGAGGCAAGGCAGGCAUCCAGCCAUGGGCAAAGCCAAAAGACGGACGUCUCAACAGGCCUCGAGCCCUGUCCAAGAAUCUCCAAGGAAAAUGUGCGUGACUAGGAGGCAAGCUUCCGCGCCAUCGACAGCAGGCAAAAGGAAUCCAGUUGUCACCAGAGCCAAAAGACAGCCGUGCCAACCAGCUCCAUCCAGCUCGGUCCAAGGUUCUCCUGGAAGAAACGGCGUGAAUAGGAGGCAAGGCUCCGCCGCAAUGAAAGCAGACAAAAGGUUCCCUGACGAGGUCAAUGUCUCGCAACCAGACACAGAGGGCAAGCUUACGGCUACGAGGUCCUUGCAGUGCGGCUUGUGCGAGAAAGUUUUCAAACGCAAGUCGCAGUUGCGAGCACACUUGUAUGUUCACGUACGCGAAAAACGGCACGCAUGUGACGUGUGCGGCAAGACAUUCUCGCAGAAGAAGAACCUGGUGAUCCACAGUCGCUCGCACACGGGCGAGAGACCCUUCGAGUGUUCGUCCUGCCCGGCCACGUUCACCAGAAGCAGCAUUUUGAAAAGCCACAUGUUGACUCACACCGGCGAACGACCGCAUGAGUGCAGCGACUGCGGACAGAGAUUCGCCUUGAAGGCAACCCUCGCGUACCACGCGCUGACUCAUUUGGGGAAGAAGACGGUCGCCUGCCACGUGUGCGGCCGAAAAUUUUUCCGCAGCGACGCACUCCGGAGGCACGCCCGCACGCACACUGGCGAGAAGCCUUACCUCUGCCACCUGUGUCCCGCUGCAUUCUCGCAGACGAGUACUCUGAAGGCGCACGUUCUGACCCACACCGGUGAACGACCUCAUAGGUGCGAUGUAUGCGGUAGGAGAUUCACAAAAAGAUGCGCCCUCUCGCAGCACAAGAAUAUUCACUCAGGUCUAAAGAAGUUUAUCUGUCAAUUCUGUAGCCGCAAAUUCUGCUCUAAACAAGUACUAACAGACCACACCCGUACGCAUACAGGCGAGAAGCCGUAUCUAUGCCGCCUCUGUCCUGCUGCAUUUGCGCAGACUAGUACGCUAAAACAGCAUGUUCUAACCCACAGCGGCGAGCGAACCCAUGGGUGCGAUGUAUGUGGCAAGAAAUUUGCCCGAAGAGGGAGCCUUUCGCGUCAUAAGCGCAUCCACUCGGCCAAGUAGCUAAGCUUGGCUGCAAUACAUACUCUUUAGUGCGCAUAUUGCCACCAGCCAGGCAGCUGGCAGAGGCUGUGCAUGUAUGAAUUAGAUUCAGGAGUUGUUGCCACCAUAUCACACGUUACAUUAUAGUACAACUGUCGGCAAAGCCAAAUAGGCAAGUCCUUUGACAUGAGUAUCUGUCUUCAGCUGAGCAUGUAUGUGCACUUUUUCCUGUAGGGGUGUGCCUAGGGGCUAUCAGGACCAUCUCAAGAUGCGCUAUGACAGUAUCUGACAAACAUUAAUACGUAUUAACGCGAAAGGGCUAAAUAGCUCUUGUUGCCUCAUUCGAAAGGUUGUUUAUGUCAC